AAAUUGUCAUCAUUAGCUUCUCAGCAGUCAACAGCGUUUCAGCCGACAUUUCAAAAUCGCUCCAAAAAUUACAAGUCCUUUUGUCAAAAUGAAAUUCGUCAUUGUUUUUGUUGCUCUCUUCGCCGUUGCCAUGGCUGGCAAUUUGGAUCGUGAAGCUCACAUUGUGCAUCUAGACUCCAAUGUAGAACCUCUGAGCUAUCAAUACGCACAAGAAACCAGCAACGGCAUCAAAAGCCAAGAAUCCGGACAGGUGCGCAACUUGGGCACUGAACAAGAAGCCAUCGCAGUUCAAGGUUCUUACUCCUACGUCGGUGAUGAUGGCAUAACCUACACUGUCAACUAUAUCGCCGAUGAGAACGGUUUCCAGCCACAGGGUGCUCACAUUCCAGUUGCUUGAACGGCGGUUUCAUGAAUAUGAAGCUGAAACGUUGUUGCCUAGUUGUAGAUAGUUGAAAAAAAAUUAAAUAAAAAGAAUUUAUAU